GGUAAUUGCUAAGCCAUCGUUUGAUAUUACAAAAGGGUUGUGAUGAAAGGGCCGUUUAGCCGAGCUUCAAAUUCAAGAACUAACUGAAAGGCAUGCCAUAGCAUAGAUUCAUAUUACACUUAUUCAGCGUCGAAUUACACCAAUUAGAGCAGCUUGUGGGGAUUUAAGUGCAUAUGCUGUUCUUUUUUUUCCGCUGACGUUAUUGGAAGUUAACCGCUAUUGUUUUUCUUUUUUGUUUCUACUGAGAAACUAGUUGAAGCUGCCUGAAGGUGAUGAUGGGUAUUUCCUCCUCAAGGCGAGGUUUCCAGCGCUGUUCAGAGUUGCUUUAGUCUUCAACGCUGGUUCUUCCUAUUUAUUAUUGAUGCCAAAAUUUGCUUUUGACAUUUUUUUUUGAAUUGUUGAGCAAAAUUUCACACACACACAUAUAUAUAUAUACUUAUACAUUUUUAACAUAAAGAAGAAAGCUUAUAUUCCCUACGCAACCAUAUUCAUCAUGUUCUCCGUGAUUCUUACUUUCUUGUCAACUUCUUUGCUUCUUUUUCUUUGCGUGUAUUCACAUGAUCUGCCUACUUAUCUAUAGCACGGUAGCCGAUAAUUAUUUUCCCUCACACUUCACUCGCAAAAUAACCAGUUACUCUGACGCGAGCUAAACUUUCGAUUAAUUGUCUUGCUUUUGGGUUGAUUGCUUACAAUUAGGGCCUGAUCCUUUAGCUUUCUUUUGGGUGGUUUUGGAUUUGUCAGAGGAAUUACUUACACAUAUAAAUAAAUCGUUAAAUACCCUCAAAAAGCCUAAUCGGUAAGCCACGUUAGUUCUUAAUAUUUAAAGUAUCAUUAACUUUUUUUUGUCUUUUUUUUCGGCUCGAGCAUAGUUCUUGACAUUUGGUAUUUAAUGUCGCACAACAAACCCUGGAGCCACGCAUAUCUUUCGUAUGACCAAAACUCGUCUAGCAACAAUGGCGUGAAGAACGCCAUUGAGUGCUUUAUCUGCGUUGAGCCUUGCACUGUGAUUUGCGUCUUCAACUGCGGGCAUUACGCCUGCUAUUCCUGUGGGUUGCGCAUUCACGUGUUAGGCGGGGGCGGCUGCCCGGUUUGCCGUGUUCGGAGCGAAGAGGUGUUUCUUACGCGGACGAUCAGUCAAGAUGAGGAUCACUACUCCACCGAGGAGCUCAACAUCAUCCGCGCCUCAGGCGUGCGAAAUUCACGUCUGAAAUGCAUUAUCGACAGCCGCGAGCUCGCCGACGAGAUGGAAAAGCUCUACCAAUACCUUUGCCCGAUCGAGGGUUGCUGGGAGGAUGGCGUGCAGGAUCCUUUUCUGGAGUUAAGAGACCUAAAGGAUCAUCUGGCGUACGACCAUAAGAUGUCGUACUGCGAGAUUUGCCUGCAAAGCCGUCCGGUUUUCUUGUGUGAGCAAGUCAUGUACGGCGAGGCGGCGUUGCGGCAACACAUGGAGGGGAUUUGCCCGUCGGAUAGCCCGUCGUUUAUCGGGCAUCCGCCCUGCCGUUUCUGCUCGCGUCCUCGGCGCGAGUUUCGCCUUUAUGACGGCGAGGCCCUCCUUCGACAUAUGCAGGAUCAACACUACACCUGUGAUGUCUGCAAUCGCGGGCAGUUCAUCUUUACGUAUUUUGAAAAUCGCCAAAAACUCGAUCAUCAUUUCGUGCAAUGCCAUAAGGUGUGUGAGCACCCGGAUUGCGUGAGCCGCGACCUCAUGCUUCGCGUCUUCGCCGAUGACUUUGAGUUGAUGCUGCACAAAAAGCGGGUCCACGGGGCGAAGAGCAAACUCACCUUUACCCCAGCCAGCUUCGGGGCGAUGUUGGAGCCCGGGGAGGAUCGCAGCGGCGGGGCCGCCUCGCAGGGCGUUGGUGGGAAUUUGAUCGUCGCCUCGACGGCAUCGAACACGAACGCGGUGCAGAUCACUUUUGAUCACGUCUUACGCAAGGAAACAGUGGAGCUGAUGGCGGGGCGCGGCCAUCUGGGAACGGACGAUCGCGGGCGAGGCCGCAGAGGCAGGGGGAGGGAAAGAGGGGGGAAGACGUGCGUGCAUGCCCCUGUCGGAAACGGUCUCCCUGCUCAUUUUCAUUCCUCGAGGGUACUGAAGAUCAUCGAAUGGCCACCCAACCGCGUGCGCAACGACGCCUCACCCGAGCAUAUUGGCCCGACGCAGGGGAAUCAAGACGAGGGGAAGGAGUUUAACCGCGCCUUUAGCAUGCCGGAGAGCGUCGAGGCGUACCUGCAGCGAAAUAAAAUCCCUUCCGAUCCUCAAGAGCAAACACGGCGGUUGGACGAGCUCGUGAGCAAACAUCUCUCCUCCCCGGCCGGCUACGCGCAGUUCCAAAGCUUGACGCAAGACUUCGUAGACUCCAAGAUCUACGCCAUUGAAUAUUACAACACCCUCUCGGAGUCGGUUUUCCGCAAAACUGAGGUUUUCAACGAGAUCUUUCCGCUUCUAGUGGCGACGAUGCCGAACCUCUCGAAGAAGCGCGUGCUAUGUGAGAUAUGGAAGAUCAAGAUGGUGCCGGAGCUGCAGCGGCGUGCUCGGGCGCAGGAGCAGGAUGAGCAGGAGGCCAAAAAGAAGGAGGAGGCGAAGCGUACGUUGGCGGUGUGGAAUAACAUCAGCUCCGGCGCCCGGGCGACCCUAAAGAAGCCUUCAAAAGACUCAUCCAAGACGAAAGACGGGUGGAUGAAUGCGGCUACCAAGUUGAAGCUCAUGCAAGGUGUGGUGGACAAGCCGGACGACGCGACUAACAAGAGAUCCUCGUGGGGGGCGGAGGCCCCGAAGAUACUCGCGUCGCCAUCCUCUCCAUCCAAUAACGCUCUGAACGCGCUGAACUCGGAAAUCCUCUUCCCUUCGCUUCCCCGCGAUAAUGUGCGUUGUACCGAGAGGAAAGGAAAAAAACAACCCGAGCGCCCGAACGCGUGGUUUCGGAAGUGA